AUGAGCACUGAAUUAAAUGGUACCAGUUUGGAAGACAACAAACAGACAGAUGAAAACAAAAAACCGGGUGUUGAAGAAUCAAUGGAUGAUAUCCAGUGGAUUCGUGUCGAAGAUACGCCUGAAGAGUUUGAUGUUAACGAAUACGAGAAGAAGCUUCACGCAGAUGCUGAAGAAACAAUGAAUUUACUCUCUGACCUCUGCCAUCGUACGGAUGUUUUAGUGGAACAACAACGUGAAGCACUUUGCAAGUUAGAAAAAGAGAAAGAACUACGACAGAAGACCGUCGAUGAAAUGGUAAAAGUGGCAGAGUUGCACAAUGUUGUAAAUAUGAAGGGAAAAGAGUUGGAAAAAAGGGUUGGAAGCAUGAAAACGACGAACCUUAAUAACGCUUAUCGAGAAGAUGACGGACCAAGAAUUGACUGGAACAAUAUUGACAGCAUUCGGGUUGGUAAAGAUGUUUUGAAGGAGCCAACUUGUGCUCAUGUGCUACCAAAUUCCACUGUAUUGAUUGUUGAUCGUCAGCUGGGAUUGUUCCUAUUCUCAAUGAAUUCAUUUUUGCUGAAGAAUCUGACUGAUACGAAUUGGAAAUGGUAUGAGGCUGCGACUUGUAACGCUAACGAAAUUUAUGUGCUGUUAAGCUUAAGAAGUGACGACAAAUCACCGUGGAAACGGCAUAUUUUAAAAUUUGAUCAUAACCUAAAUUACAUAGCAAAAAUUGAGGGUCCAAAGUGGAUUGCUGAUGAAACAGUGACAACUGAGCGCCUUUGUUUUGCACCAAAUGGUUGCCUGUACAUGUCAGUUGAUGGGCAUUCUUUUACAGCUUUGUAUGAAUUAUCCACCGAGAGCAAAUGGACUGAAUUGGUAUUUAAAAGGAAAAAAGCAUUCAUUGAUGUACAGGUACUUACUUAUAUCGAUCCAGUAAAUGAAGUAUUGGUAGUGGAACGGGACAGUGGAUACAUCUAUAUGUUCAGCAUUGGCCGAUCCAAUGUAUACUCGCGUAGAACACUGUCACUUGUGGAACGACCGGUAGCGUUAACGGUGGACGAACGAGGUCAACUAUUUAUUGCCGAUAUCAGUCAAACGAAAGUCCGUCAGCUGGAUACUAGACUGGCUUUUCAACCACUACGUGAUAUUGCACUAUUACAACAUUCACCCUAUACCAUAACGGCUCAUCGUGGCUUCUUAGCUGUAACAUAUCGUGAGAAGAAUGUUGUGCUGAUUCAUAAAUAUGAAGAUGUUAAAUAA